UUUUCUGUAAGUUUCACUUAUCAUUAACGAGUCGAAGAUGUAAGGUGUUGAUGUGGUGAAGUCAUCUCCGCUUAAAUUACUCAGAGAAAAUGACAAAGUUUAUGGAGGUUGAUCAUGAUUAAAACAAGAGCUAUGGCCGAAUCAAUAGUUACCGAUUGGUUAUCAGACUAUGCAUCAUUGCAACAAUUUGAAAUUCGUUCGUUUGCCUCGCAACAUGAACACAACCAUGAAAUUGCACACGCUUUGUUUACGAUUUUAAAUGAACGACUAAAGUAUCCAGAUCUACUGCACUCAAUCUGUAAUCAAUUCCACAGCUUUUAUCGGUCAACAGAAACAGUUCUACGGAAAUUCACAUUGCAAUUUGUGCCAACUUUAAUUUACAUUUAUCUGAAUUCGGUUGCACAAGGGGAUAAAAAGAGUUGUCGCAGCGUCGAAACACUUCUAAUUAGUGUCUAUAAUAUCGAAAUCACAAACGAUGAUGGACAAGCCAAAACCGUUUCGUUCCGAAUGCCAGUGCUAGCACAAGCCUCAAUUUAUCAUGAAGAGAAGAGUUUGCACGCAAGUGAUUUAAAGCGCUGGGAAGAAAACAGCAACAAAGAUGUGAAUUGGGGUCCCUUGCAACAAGUCGAAUCGAUAAAUGCACAAAAUCGGCUCAAAGUGGUGACCGCACUAAUGUUUGUCUACAAUCAGCAAUUGAGCCUGGUGCCCAAAUCGGCUCUAUCGCAUCUGUGUCGCGUUUCAUCGCAACUGGCUAACCAGGGAUUCUCGAAAAUGGGACACGCUCAUCGUUCGUCGUAUGGAAGUGAUCCGAACAAUGCAAUUGUGCCGAAACCACUGUGUAGGAUUCCGAUGUCAGCGCAAUUUCUGCUGGAGCUACUGCAUGCGGUCUAUUUUGCCAUGUUCAAUGAAUUCGGAUCGAUAGCCAUUCAAAGCGUUGAUGACAUACACAAUCGGGCUUGCUAUGAAUUGUUUCCGGAGGUAAUUUUGGUCACGAAUGCGAUUAAGAAUUCGUUGCACGCUAAUCCAUCAGGUCAACCAAGCGAUGGUCCGAUGGGCAUUAGUGUUGCAUUGACACCAACUACAUCAACAGUUACUGUAUCAAAAUCGAUGAUUACAAAUGCAUCAUUUCGAACGAAAAAGCUGCCCGACGAUAUCGAAGUGGCCACCAUUGAUGUUCAGCAUGAAAAUGGUCCCAUUGAAAAUGGCGCUAGCCCGAAAGAGAAUCGAAAAAAUGAUCAAAAGAAACGUUGGAAGAAUUGGGGUUGGAAGUACAGUCCCGGCGGUAAAACAUCCAGUAUUGAAGAGGAACCGGAUUCACCCAAGCAGAACACAUCGCGCCAUUCAAGUCCGAACAGUUCACCGAAACACAAGAAAUCGGAUUUUUUGUCAUCGCCGUUGCGUCGCAAAUUGUCACAAUCACCGAACGAUACGGCACACAAUCGGACCGAUAUCCGGUCGAGUGCCGGUGCUCGUUUGUGUCAAUUGUUAGACGAAAGUCAGGACGAUUGUGCGGAUGAAUUGCAAGCAUUGCUUGUGAAUGGACGACCAGCUAGUGUACACAUUGUACAAAUGUCGCCUUCGACCAUUCCAGAUGAUAUUCCAAUUCAAGGAGCUAAAGACGAUCCGUCUCAAUUACUCGCCAUCACCGAAGAAUUGGAAACGGAACCGACACUCGCUAACCGUAACACAACCCAUCGUGGCAGUAAAGAAAACCCAAAACUACACAAGGUCCCAUUCCCCGGAUUCAAAAAGUCCAAGGACAAAGAAGCGAAAAAUGUUACCACCAGAAAUGGUUCGAUACCCGAAUCGAUGACAAAAGAACCGAGCAAAAGUCUAAUCAACAAACUGACCAAUCGCGUUUCGAAUCAAGUGAGUGCUGAUGUUGGCGAUGGAUUGGACCGGCAGCUGCCGCCGUUGAAACAGAAGAACAGCAGCAAUGACAUCAUCAAUGGUGCACUAGUAGGUGAAAUAGUUCCAAUGCAAUCAUUAACAAAUGGUGGUGCGAAUGCUGAUGAUAAAAUGCAAACAGAAUCUCAUAAUACCAGUUUAGAUACAUCGGAUUCCGUUGAAACGACCAGUCCAGACGAGUCAAUCGGUACUCAGCGUAAUUCGCUCACAGUUGAAUUUAAGCAAUUGCAUAUGCAGGUUAGCCAAGUUUAAUUGAUGAUAUUUCAAUAGAUUUCGGUAAAAUUAUUGUUUGGAUUGAAACAACAAAAUAAGUAUUCCGUGUGUGUGUAUAUCUGGUAUAUAAUAUAUUGUUCAACCUAUACAUAACUAGUUCUAAAUGAGUCAAGAUAUUAAUAUGGUUGGUGGAAUAGUGAUCCGUCUUGUCACUGUGACUUAACUCUGGUUUUAUCAUAAUUUCAUUUUCAAAUUGGUUUAUCAUAAAAUGUUUUGGUGUGAAAAUUAUGUGGACUUAUGUCCGAGCUGUCGCAGUUAAUAAAUAAUUAUCCGACAGCUAAUUUGGCGUUAUUAGCUUUAUAGAAACGGCUAGUCAUCAGCUAUCGAUAAUGACGACAAGAAUAAGCCAUGAGAUCUGGCAAGAGUUCUCCUUAUAUAGUAAAAAUGAUAAAAAUUUUUGAAGUGAUAGAUUCUGUACCCUAGGUUAUGCUUUACACUAAUGAAGUAAAUAACAGAUUCAAUUGCCGUUUCUAAAAGAUUGAUAAUACAGUAGUGAAAGUGAUAUGCAAUCCUUGCUUACGAAACAGUUUCCCUUUACAAAAUGAACGGUCUUUGUAUAUUUGCCAAGUUUUGACAAACGACAAGUCGCCUGUAUAUUCAAUUAAGAAGUUAAAGAUCGAAACAGGUCACCUUUAACUUAACCUGUUUUGAACGUGAAUAUAUUGAGAUCAAACGUGAGGGGUUAGCUGAAGGUGUGGUUGGGUCAAUCGGGGCUGGAUAUAAUUCGGUAAACAUAGUAACCGGGAAAUCGAACAAAUCAGUAGGGAAUGUAUGUACUGGGAAGUCAGCUUAACGCUUUUCAGAGUCCUGGCAAUUUUUUUUUUAAAUACCCGACCUGACCAGAAGUUUCAGGUCAGACUGGUUUUUGACCGCGGUGACAUUUAUUCUGAGCUUUAAAGUCAUUAUCAGCAAUUCGUUAGCAUUAUGCGUUGAUCACUUCUGCAAUAAUAUAUCAACAGGGAAGUGAAAAAGUUUUGCGUUUUUUCUAAAUUUAUUUUCGUUUGUGAUUGUAAAUUAUUGUUAUUCGGCUUCUGUACCUGUGGUCUUCCAACACUAUCAAAAUUACCGCCAAUAAACUUUAAGUUUUUUUUUAAUUUUGCAUCUUAUACGCUUGGUCAUUAUAAUGCUAGGGAUAUUAUUAAUGAAUUGGUUCCUUUCGAAGAAAAUGUCGCAGAUUUUUUGUUUGUUAUACAGCACGGUAUAUUUUACUAGAAUAAGAAUUUAUUUUAUUCGAUCGUCACGUUGGUUAUUAGCGAGUUAAGGAUACAAUUUUUGCAAUUAGCGAACAGAUACAUAUGACAAAAUUACUAAUAAACUUUGGUCUCAUUUUUGCAUUGUAAAACAUUCAAUUAAAUUAAUUGCUAGAAAAAGAAAAGCUCUUUUACGCAUUCUGAUAUGUCCUGUGGCUUUUUAAGUCAUCAUGGAGCAUUUGGUUUAUCGUCUUAUACACAAAGCAAUUUAAAACAUUUGAAUUUAUUUAUGUGUAAAUAGGAUAUGGAAAUGGAACUUAAAGAGGAAUGUAAAUAAGUAAUUAUUGAGAAAUGAAUUAAAUUAAUAUAUUGACAGUUGAAA